AUGGCUGACUCUGGAUAUUUAGUAAAUCGUACCAAGGAUGGUUCGGAAGCAUGUUACUACGUAAAUCAAACUGGUGGCAAUUAUUUCCAAAGUACAAGUGCUUUGACGACGUCCCUCCCUCUCUUUGUCCUCCAACUAUCGGUUGUCCUGUUCACCACUCGCCUUCUCCUCUUGAUCCUCAGGCCUCUGCGACAACCCAGCAUAGUUGCUCUUAUAAUUGCUGGGGUGUUGCUUGGCCCAUCAGCACUUGGAACUACCCCAUUGUUUUUCGAUCACGUCCUUCCUUUCAAGGCUAUCAAGGUGUUGGAAACAUUUGCAAACUUGGCACUCGUUUACUACAUGUUCCUAUUUGGGUUAGAAAUGGACCUAAAACCCAUCAUGAACAGUGGAUCGGAGGCUAUUCGCAUCGCCAUUUCUGGAAUUCUGAUUCCACUUGGCUUUGGGUUUGGCUUAUUUUAUCUAUUACAACUGCUUGAUAGUAAUGCAAAGGAAAUCAGCAGCUUUAAGGGCUCCAUAUUCUGGGCUAUUACUCUCACUGCUACCAACUUCCCUGACGUUACUCAAGUUCUCACAGACCUCAAGCUCCUUCGCACCGAUAUGGGAAGAUUGGCCAUGUCUUCAGCUGUUAGCAGUGACUUCUUUACUUGGAUUCUUCUUGUGGUUGCAAUGGCAUUGCUCAAUGCUCGCCCAUAUUAUGUUUUGCCAUCUAUCCUUGCUUUCGUUUUACUCUGUGGUUUUGUGAUCCGUCCGGUAAUCUCAAAGAUAGCUAACCAUGCUGUCAAAGGAGACGACUUCACUGAGCAACAUAUAUGGUUUGUUUUGGGUUGGAUUGUGUUUUUCGGAUUCAUCACUGAUGCUUUUGGUUUGCAUUCUAUGGUUGGUAGUUUCAUGUUAGGAGUUAUUAUGCCUCGUCGAGAUGUUAUCAGAAUGAAACUAAUGGAAAGGCUUGAUGAUUUUGUCUCUGGGAUUAUGAUGCCCCUCUUCUUCUUAACCUCAGGGAUCCGAACUGAUGCUGGUUUUAUGCUGAAAGAAACUCCAUGGUAUGCAAUAUUUAUAAUCAUAUUCCUUAGUUUUGGAGCAAAGAUACUGAGCACAUUGCUCGUCUUUCUGCUCCACAACAAGCCAAUGGAGGAUGGUUUUGCUCUUGGAGUAAUAAUGAACACUAAAGGAGUUAUGUCGAUCAUUAUCAUUAAUGCCGGACGGAAUAUUAAGGUUCUAAACAACCAAACAUUUACCAUAAUGGUGUUUUCCGCCUUGGCCAUGACUUGUUUGGUGGAGCCAAUAGUGGCUGCCACAUAUAAGCCUAGAAAAAAAUUGCUUAGAUACAAGCACAGGACAGUUGAGAGUGUACUGGCAAAUGGGGUAGAAUUUAAAAUCCUUGCAUGUGUUCUUUCAAAUCGUGAUGCACCUUGCAUGAUUAGCCUCCUUGAAGCCUCUAAUGCCGGCCCAGACUUCCCUAUCUGUGUCAUCGCCGUCCACUUGGUAGAGCUCACUGGACGGAACACAGCGAUGCUAAUUGUUCAUGACCACUCCACGACAAGCAUGAGCAAUCCUAUCCGAGCAAAAUCAGAAUCGGACCAAAUUAUCUUUGCUUUUAAAUCAUACGAGAAGAGAAACGGAGCUGUGUCGGUUCAAACAAUCACUGCAAUUUCACCUUAUGAGAAUAUGCAUGAGGAUAUUUGCAGCCUUGCAUUGGACAAGCGAGUUUCCCUCAUCAUCAUACCAUUCCAAACAGUCUUAACUGCAGACGGCCGAGUAGAGGAUGCAAAAUCGACUUUUCCAGCUAUGAACCAAUGUGUGCUGGAAAACGCAACGUGUUCUGUGGGUCUACUGGUUGAUCGUGGACUCGGUUCCAUCAUGCAAACAGGUCCCGCAAGGAACAGUUCUAGCUCAAAAGGGCACCGAAUUGCUAUGAUCUUCAUUGGUGGCCCUGAUGACAGGGAGGCAUUGGCUUAUGCGUGGCGAAUGGCAGGGCAUCCUGGCAUAAGUUUAACGGUGCUUCGAUUUCUUCCAGGUAGAAUAGCAGCACAAUCCACUCCAGAACACAGCUUAAACAGUCAUGAUGAGUUAUUCAGUUCCAUGACGAUUGAGGAGCGGGAAAAGAGGCUUGAUGAUGAUUAUACAUAUGAGUUUAUGUUCAAGACUCUUGAUGAUGAGUCCAUUACUUACACAGAGAAAGUGGUGAAUAAUGGGGAUGAAACUCUUGCGGAAAUUAGACGAAAUGAUGCAGAUUUUGAUCUCUAUAUAGUUGGAAGAGGGGAGAAAACACGAUCAGUGCUCACAUCAGGGUUAUCAGACUGGAAUAGCUGUCAGGAAUUGGGAACCAUGGGGGAUACACUGGCUUCAUCAAAUUUCGCGUCGCAUGCAUCAGUUCUUGUGGUGCAACAAUACGUACCCAAAAAUUAUAUAGCAAACCCUCAUGGAUUUUCAGCAAAUCUUGGCUCAAAAACUUGGCGACCACUAAUGGUUGGUGACCAGGUUCCCUUUGGCAAUACUACUAGCAUUUCACACCAUUAUGUUUAUGACCAAGACGAAGAUGAUGACGAUGAUUACGAUUACGAUUACGAUUACGAUUACGAUCGUAAAUAA